AUGACAGCAAUUGCUAAUUCACUAAAAUUAAAAUUUCAACUUGUAAAAACAAACAUUAAAUCACCAGAUAUAGAUAUUCCACCAUAUCAAUGGAAUUCACUAAAUGAAGAUAAACAAAUUAAUUGGUGUUUGCAGUAUUUUAAUAAUAUUACAAAUCUUCCUGAAUCAUUGGUAUAUUAUGACGCAUCCAAAGUAAAUAAAGCAGCAAGACUUCAGACUGAGGCCCAACUUUUGGUUGCUAACUUCUGGUCCAAUUAUGAUGUUCUGGCACUAUUGACUGACUUAAAUGACUAUUGGGAGUAUUUUUGGUUAGAUGGAAAUGAUGUAUGUUUUUGGAAAAUCGAAGAAAGAGCCAAAGCAGUUGCCAUAUUAAAAGACUAUGUAAAUGUUGUUGGAGUUAAUGAUAUUGGUAGAAUUGGUAGUGAAGUGGGAAUGUCCAUUGAUUAUCCCAUUGGCAAAAGAAGAAAGCUUGAUACUAACGAGCUAGUCACUGUUCCAUCAUCAGAUAUUGCAAACAUGGAAGACUUUGCUGAUGAAAUGUCAGAGAUAGAGUUGAAGCAGUGGAGAGUCCGAUGUCUUAUGAGAAAAUUUUUCUCAAUGCCAUAUCCUCAAACAGUCCUUGCUGAAGUUAUUGAAGAUGAUAAAUUUCCAUCACAUAUAAAAUAA